GUUCACGUUUCCAGCUCUUCGCGCGUGUCAGAUCACGGUAGCCAAUACGCACUAAGUGACAGUAAAGAUCCUGCUUUUAGAGGUACCUGCACUCAAGAUCAUGACCUGAUAUGCAAUCGCUGUGAAGACCUUAAAGCUGUUCUGUCCGACACCCAAAAGGCAAUUCAGGAAUCCUGCUUCGAGUGCCAGUAUGAUAAGGAGAAUGCUCUUCACAGAUUUCAAGAAGCAACUCGAGCAAUUCAGCUCUGGAAGUCACACCAGCUCAGACUUGUUAAUCAGGAUAAUGCCCGUACAGACGUUAUUGAAUGCCUCGAUGACAGCAAAGUGCUCCUUGUACAAGACUGGGCUAUGAAAUUUCUCCCUCGUCAGUACCGAGAAUCCCAAGGAGAAUGGUUUGCGAAAAAAGGGAUCUCCUGGCACAUCACUGUAGCGAUCAGAAAGAAAGAGAGUGAACUUGAAACACAGGCGUUCGUGCAUGUAGUUGAGAAGUGUAUCCAGGACAGCCCUUGUGUUGUCCAGUUAAUGGAACAUGUUCUUUCUACUCUCAAGAGGGAACACCCUGAGAUCAAAAGCGCCUUUUAUCGCCAAGACAAUGCAGGCUGCUACCAUGCAGCCAACACCAUCCUUGCCUGUAAAGACAUCAGCCAGCGAUCGGGAAUCUUCAUUCAACAAUUAGACUUCUCCGAUCCACAAGGAGGAAAGGGCGCUUGUGACCGUUUUGCAGCAACAAUGAAAAACCAUGUACGCUCUUUUGUUAACGAAGGUAACGACGUCCUUACAGCAGAGCAAUUUCUUUCUGCACUUACCUCACGAGGUGGAGUGUCUGGAGCCCGCGUGUCCCUGGUACAAGGCAACAGCUCUAACAAAACCAAUGUAAAGUGGCCAGGAAUCAGCAAGCUGAACAAUUUUGAGUUUAGCAGUGAUGGAGUGAGGGUAUGGCGAGCUUAUCAAGUUGGCGAAGGAAAGUUUUUCCCUUGGUCAGAAUUUGAAGGUACUUUUUAUCCUCUCUAUCCUCUCUAUCUAUCUCUCUCACUAACUCUCCCUCUCCCCUAAUGCUACUCUCCUCCACACCCCCCCUCCCCCCCCCCAAAAAAGACUGCUUCAAUCGUUUGAAAAUUGGUGUUUGGCCUUUUUUAUUGCAGUGGGCACUGUUUGAUAUUAACUAUUUUAUGCUUUAGGAACGGAAUAUCCUAUCAGUUCAAUGACGAAUGCCACGUUUUCAAAUGGAGACUUUCGCCCUAUAAAAACCCGAAAAAAGAAACACGAAGUUCAGCAGGAGACGUUAGCCGAGGUCGACAGUGAAGAAGAUGAAGAGGAGACUGAGGGGACCGCCUCUGGGAGAUUGUUUUCUUGUCCAAACGAAGGGUGCGUUCGUGUCUAUACCCGUUACGGAUCUAUGGUCAAUCAUGUUACCUACGGAAAAUGCGAUUUCAAAGAAGAAAGAGAAUCUGUGAUGGACACUGCAAAGGUCUUGUACAGUAAAAAGCUUUGGCUCAGUGAUGGUCGUAUUUCAGCUACAGCAAACGUCCAUUGCAAUCAAGCAACAUCAAGCGGCUUACACCAGAACGAAGAAGAAGGCUGGGCACUGAAAUCGAUCAAGAAAAACAAACCUUUCAGUGACAAACAGAAAAAAUUCCUAGAAGAAAAGUUCAUGGUUGGCGAAACGACGGGAAGAAAGUUGGACCCUGUAACUGUAGCCAGAGAAAUGAAAACUGCUCGCCAAGAUGGUAACGGAGAGAGACUUUUUUCUUCUUCAGAAGUAUUGACCGCGACCCAGAUUCAAAGUUUUUUCUCUAGAAGGGCAAGAUGUGGGAGAUUUUCCGAAAAUGACCCAGAAAAUCAGGAAGCUGUCCAAGUGGAAGAAGAACUUGAAGACUUUCGGAGAGAUGUAAUAGAGCAAGUGCAGCCCAGACAUCCAAUCAUGUAUGAUGUCCACAACUUGUGUGAUCUUGUAGCUUCAGGGAAACUAAAGAAACUCACAUUACCGAAGCUGAAGGAAAUCUGUAGCGCUUUUGAGCUGAAUCUUCCUGAGGAACGGAAGAAAGCCCCUUUUGUAGAUGCUUUGACCAAAUUAGUUAAGAAUUGCUCGUGUUGGUCCUCUUGA